AUGGCCUACGAACCAGUUGGCCGUACCGACGGCUCGCGGAUAUCAAUCAGCGAUGAUCUCGAAACGAGAACGCAGUACGAUGCCGGCUCGUACAAUAACGACCCUUCAGUGACAGGUUCAGUGUACCGUCGAGUAGGAGAUCAAGCCAAAGGUGUCAAAGGCGCAACUUGGUCUAGUGAAUCAAUAUCAGAGCAGUGGCCUUUGCAAUCGCAGAAACUGGCACUGAUGACGCCGUGGCGUGGAUUCAUCAUGCUUUUCGACUUGAUUCUCGCGUCCACGCCCAUCAUGCUAGACGGGACAGAAAUUUCGGACUAUGGAUCCGGUUUGAAAGAGACGCUGCUCAUAUCGCCAACAAUCUUUCCUCUUCUCUUCGCAGCCUUGAUGGGAAGGUUCUUUCGCCAUCUUGGUCUCUGGCUGGCGCAGCGAGGGACAACCCUCGGUCGUCUUGAGCAGCUAGUUGGCUGUCAAUCUGUCUUCUCUGCGCUUGAGCGGCAGAUCUCUCUCCGUUCGUGGUCCAUCAUUGGAAUAGCAUCGAUUCUGAUCUGGCUUCUCUCACCAGUCGGAGGCCAAUCAGCACUGCGUCUGCUCGACCAAGAAACCGGCGAAAUCCACUCGACUCGUCAAAUUCACUACUUGAGCCUGACGGAGAUAAUGAAAAGCAUAAUGACUGGCACUAGCAUCAUCAACAGCGCUCGGAGUGGCUUCACCGCCAUUUGCCUUGCAGCUCUACUCAGUAGUUCCAAGGUUAAGGACACGCCCAUGGACUUGUGGGGAAACGUUAAACUUCCUCUAUACCGGCACAUUGAGAACAGCACCUCGGAUGAAUGGAAAACCAUCUGGAAUCCGACCGGCAACAACGUCACAUAUGCUUCUCUUAUAGGCAUCCCGGUUGUCGGUCUACCUACGGAUGGAGUCAGCAAUUUCAAUAUCAAAGCCCGUCAAUGGGAUGUAACCUGUUCGAGCAACAAAGGCACCAACGACAAUCAGACAGACUUCGUGAACAUGUACACAUGGCAACUUUCAUAUACCGAUAACAAGACGCCAGUGUGCCAAAACUUAACACGAUGCGAUACCUCAAGGUGCAGCGGUUAUCCUUGCCCAAUCCGUAGCGUAUCGCUCGCCAAUCAAAAGCCCUAUUUCUUCUCUGUAGCCGCUUGCAAUCUGACAUUUGAGAAUUUUGAGGCGCAAGUACAAUGCACCGGGCGGGCAUGCGCUGUACACAAGAUGAGGAAAAUUCCGUUAUUGGACGAUGAUUAUCCAAUAGGAUACGAUAAGACCAUGCGCAAUAUAGUCGCUCGAGGCUCCACCAAUAUGGAAAGAUGGAUGAAAGACCCUUCGCGAUUCAUUGGCUUACUGUACAGCAAUGUGAACCUGUAUGAGCUGUCGCCACAGCUCUUUGGAGAUCGACUGACCAUCGGAUAUAACACUUACUGGCAGUCGACGUACGGAACCGCCUCUCUGGCUGGCAAUCUACCCGAUUCUGUAGCAGAGACUGGAAUACUCCGAGUUGCAACGCCUGACGUCCCUGCCAUCCCUGACAUAGAAUUUGUGGUUUCGGAAGCAUCCACAGUCACAAAGACAAAGCCAACGUACAAGACGAACUGGAAGUGGUUCAUAGCGCUCAUGGUGUGCUCCUGCAUCCUAUUGGUGGCGGCGUACACUGGCCUUGUCCUCAAAUACAUCACCAUCGCGCCAGACAUCAUCGGCUACGCCUCUUCUCUAACAAUCCUGAAUCCAUAUGUUCCGAAACCAACAGGAGGAACUACGCUCCACGGCCUGCAACGUGCAGCCUUGCUACGCGACUUGCCGGUGCGUAUAGGCGACGUUAGUCCUAACGAGCCCGUCGGCGUCAUCGCGCUUGCCAAAGCCGACACGGAGCAGGUAGCAAGACUAGACAGGCAACGGUCGUACAUAUGAAAAAAUGAAAAAAGGAAAGGCUCUUUGAGACCAGCGCCGCUGCAAACUCAUGCCGCCUUGUAAGCGCUAAGGCGACGACGGAGCAAGAAACCUGACGGUCGCCAAGUAUGAUGCGCAAACUACAACCGAUGUAAAGGAAAACACCGCCUUUCUCGAACGACACCUGUUGUAUCAUGUUUGAACCCCACGGCAGACAAACUCGCUUGUACAGUACAUACGUAAUACAUGGGCGCUGCGAUGUUAUGCCUCAAAAAUGAACCGAAACACGGGUCGGCGGGUACACAUGACAAGUCAGGACACCCCAUCCUUCCUUAAUGUCCGAGUACAUUUGAAACCGAACAGCCCUACGCCUAUAAGAAAAAUGUCUACAGCAGCUUACUACAACUUCCUUUGAGUAGUUUAGGUGUUUAGACGGCAUG